ACGGGGGAGUGCCCAGAAAAAAAACGCGACAUUUCGCUCGGGAAAUAGUGUCCCCUGGGUUUCAGCUGGUCCCUCCGAUGGGUCUGAGUUCCCAACUGCACAGCGACAACCUGGACAACCGCGCUGCCUUACUAUUAGAAGAGCAGGAGUAAACAAGGAUAGAAGGUCUAGGUCUGGUGGCCGUGGGCACUUGAGCACCGAUACAGCCUGGGUUUAACACCGAGAAAGACCUGAAAGAUGACGACGGAAACCCACGUAAAGGACAUCAAACCGGGACUGAAGAACCUGAACGUCAUCUUUAUCGUUCUGGAGACAGGCCGAGUGACUAAGACGAAGGACGGACAUGAGGUGCGCACCUGCAAGGUGGCAGACAAAACGGGAAGCAUAAGCAUCUCUGUGUGGGAUGAGGUUGGGGGCCUGAUCCAGACUGGCGACAUCAUCCGGCUCACUAAAGGAUAUGCUUCUGUAUUCAAAGGCUGUUUGACCCUGUAUACUGGUAGAGGUGGGGAGCUACAGAAGAUUGGAGAGUUCUGCAUGGUUUACUCCGAGGUCCCAAACUUCAGUGAACCCAACCCUGAAUAUUUGGCCUUAACGAAUAAGACGGCCCUCAAUGACCAGUCCAGCACAGCCCUCAGUAACAAUGGCACUCCAGCCAGCACAUCAGCAGGGAGUGAAACGACCAAUGGGAAUGGGGAAGGCACCCCGGUUCCUAGCAGCUCAGGCAGUAACCAGCAAGGAGGACGCGGAGGAGGUGGUACCAGAGGCUCAGCCAGUCAGGGAGCAGGAGGGACAGGUGUCAGCAAUGGGAAGGAGACCCGGCGUUCUGCUAAGAGAUAAGCUGGCAGAGAGAAGAAUCGAAUCCCCCAACUUGCACCCCCUCACCCCUCCGACCUUCAGACCAAAAACAGAGCAGGCUGAUUUGUGCCACUAAAGCCUUUUAUGUGUACUCCAUUACCCAGCUACUACGUUCAUGCUAAUAACCGUCAUUCAUGUCAGUGCAAUGUUUAUACGUUUUGCCCUUGAAUCUGACCCUGGAUCAGUUUGAUAAUUUAAGUGUUACUGAGUAAAGAGGACAAGCGGACUCUGUAUCAGCUGCUUUUGUUACACACUAUUCUGGACUCUCAGUUCACUUUUAAGGAAUAUGAGGUAUAAGGCUUACAGGUCAUCAUAUCCUUAUUGUGCUUCACUAGAAUAUUUUUACAUUCAUGAAAUGGUUUUAUUAUGAAGACCCCAAGUGGGACUGUUAUUUUUAAUUAUUUGAAGCAGAUUUGGUUGAUAUUAAUUUUCUGUCGGACCAGAAAAUAUGGUUUGGUUUGAUCUUUCCUCAGUGAACCCAUGAAACCAAGAGGUUUCCAAACAGUCACGUUUCCCUAAGAUGGCCCAAUUGUCACCAAUCACGUGGUAUAAGAAUACAGGCAUUUGCACAACGGUGAUUGUCGUUUGAGAGCUGUUUCACAUAUGUAAUUUGUUUUUGCUACGGUGUUGUUUUCCAGGUCAUGUUAGUAAAGGAUGUAAACAGGAUUUUAGUUACUGGGAAAGAACUUUUAGGCAACAUCCAUUUAAUAAAAUGUUUGAGUUAUUGCA